AUGGCAGAAAUACUAGAGUCUCGAAUCGAAGCAUACAGACAGUCGUGGGCUACAGGUCAGCCAGACCGAGUAUUCAGCCACUGGGCAGAUGGUGGUUUUGAAUAUUCCGGCUAUCUAGCACAACAUAUUGGCUUGGACAAGGUGGCAGCCAAGGCGGUUGUCGGCUCCAUGCUUACGCUGUCUGCUGACAUCAAGGUCGUUACGUUGGGUCUAAGCGGGACAAUGGAAAAAGCAACAUGGGAAGCUGAGAUCAACUUUACCGUACCUGCUGGUUUUCCAAAUUCGCCGUACAAGAGGGGAGAUAAGGGCAAGGCGGUUGGGGUUAGUUUGAUUGAGUGGAACCAAGAGGGCAAGAUUGGCAAGCAAACUGACUACUUUUGCUGGCGAAAGGCAUUGUAG